UCGCGAAAGUAACGGAGUCCACCAUCGUCGCCUAAUCCCGUCAUCUUCUCGAACCAGUAGUUAUGUUGCAGAGACCUCGACGCCGCUGCGAAGGCACCGCCAUGGGCGCCAUCGUCCUCGAUCUACGACCCGGCCUCGGAAUCGGACCCUUCACAAUCGGAAUGCCGAUAUGCGAAGCAUUUGCUCAGAUAGAGCAGGAGCCUAACAUUUACGACGUUGUCCAUGUGAAGUAUUAUGAUGAGGAGCCCCUUAAGUUGGAUAUCGUUAUCAGCUUUCCAGAUCAUGGUUUUCAUCUUCGCUUUGAUCCUUGGUCACAGAGGCUACGCCUUGUUGAAAUAUUUGAUAUAAAACGACUUCAAAUGCGCUAUGCCAAUUCUUUGAUUGGGGGACCAUCCACUCUAGCAACUUUUGUAGCUGUAUAUGCACUAUUUGGGCCAACUUUCCCUGGAAUUUAUGACAAGGAUAGAGGUGUCUACACUCUGUUUUACCCAGGGCUUUCCUUUGCUUUUCCAAUUCCGAGCCAGUAUACAGAUUGCUGCCAUGAUAGAGAAGCGGAAUUACCAUUAGAGUUUCCAGAUGGAACCACACCAGUGACAUGCCGCGUCUCCAUAUACGAUAGUUCUACAGAUAAAAAAGUUGGUGUGGGGUCCUUAAUGGAUAAGGCUUCCGCUCCUCCACUACCUGUUGGCAGCCUCUAUAUGGAAGAGGUGCAUGUUAAGCUAGGGGAAGAAUUAUACUUUACUGUUGGUGGUCAGAAUAUUCCUUUUGGUGCAUCACCUCAGGAUGUUUGGACUGAAUUGGGUCGUCCUUGUGGGAUACAUCAAAAGCAGGUAGACCAAAUGGUUAUUCAUUCUGGCUUGGACACGCGCCCACGGACAACUCUUUGUGGUGAUUAUUUCUACAAUUACUUUACCCGUGGUUUGGACAUUUUAUUUGAUGGGCAGACUCAUAAAAUCAAGAAGUUUGUUUUGCAUACAAACUAUCCUGGCCAUGCAGAUUUCAACUCGUACAUAAAGUGCAAUUUUGUCAUAUUUGCUUCUGAUUUAGGGGGUUCUUAUCAGGAUGUAAAUAACUGCAAACAUAGGAUUACAGCAAGCACAAAGUGGGAGCAAGUGAAGGAAUUCCUCGGGGACUGUGGCCGAGCUGCUAUCCAGACUCAAGGUUCUACAAGCAAUCCGUUUGGAUCUACUUUUGUAUAUGGUUAUCAAAAUGCUGCAUUUGAGGUGAUGAAGAAUGGUUACAUUGCCACUGUGACUCUUUUCCAGUCGUCGUGAUUACAUUGCAAAUAAGUUGGAUGAUGGCAUUUCAACAGCUGGUGAAAGCGGCAAAUACUGUUUGUAGACGUCAGUUGGCCCGGCUCAACAAUUGUACAGUUGUAUAUGUUAAGUUUGUACAGAAUAAUCUGGUACUGUGAAAACAUGUAAGUAUUCUGUAUCUUGUGUCUGUGACUGUUUAAAUGGAAGUCUGUCGUGCACGUCCGAGAUGCAUUAUGCGUUCCCAGAUUGUAUGAUGGUGUUCACAGUUGGUCGACAGCUUCAGAUUUCUCGUAACUGAAUCCGCUUUCUAAUACUUUGGGAAUGACAGUAUCAGUUUGUACAUGAUGAAAAUAUAAUAUCAAAUAUUUCAUUUA